UACUAAUGCAAUUAUUAUCCGUAGUUCCUAUGCUCUCUAAUGAUGAACAUACAGCAUUUAAUUGGCACAUUAUGUAAGAGGAAGUAUAUAUUACCUACUACUAACAUAUUAUUUGGUAUAUAUUGAAGAAAAUUUUGGAUAAGCUCAAUUUGAAAAUGGUUUCUAACCAUUUCUUCCAGCCUCUUCUCCCAGGUUUUCUAUCUAAUUUUGUAAGUAUACAUAUGAUAUAUACUCUCUAUAAUCUGUUUAUUUUAGUAUCUAAUUUAUUGUGUUCAAUUCCAAAAUCAUUCCUCAAAAAUCUACAAGAACGCAAAGAGAAAGAUAGUAACACUAAGAUUGUCAAAUUAAGAGAUAAACAAGGAAGAAUUUGGGAGAUUAAGGCUAUCCCGACGGAUUUUGCCAAGGAACAUGAUCUAGCGAACAAUUGUGGUGAGCAUCUUGGUAACUUUAUUUUUGAUGUUACAAUCCUUGAUGGUACUGGUUGUGAGAGUGAGCUUCCAACCAUUAUUGAAGAUGAAGAAUUACAAGAAAAGAAAAGGGCUUCAAGAUCUACCAACCAAACAAAAUCUGCUACUAGGAGAAAUAGAAAGCUUGGAGAUGGAGAUGGUGAUGGACUGAUGGUCAGGGACUUCAAGAAAAAAAUAUGUGCAUCAUUGAGAUCAAAUAAUGGUCGGCCUUACUUUUCAUCUAUUGUCACACCGUCUAACCUAACUUCUGGCAUAACUGCUAUUCCAAAACAGUUUGCGAUUAAAAAUGGUCUAACAAGAAGAUGGUGUGACAUAAAGUUAAGAGACGACAAAGGACAGUCUCGGCGGAUGAAACUUAGGUUCAGCAAAGAAAGUGGUUGCUCUUAUAUAUAUAGUCGGCCCACCCUUUAUGAACCUUACGAUCUUGUGAGAGGUGAUAUUAUCAUUUUCGAGCUCAUUGACAAUGGAAAAAAUCCAGCCAUGAAAUUCUACAAGUUGCAAACGAACGAGGACUAAAUCAAGACGUGACUUCAAUUCAGUAUGUGAGUAGAUGCUAGUUAGAGUAUUCUUCAAUCUCUUGGGAGAAACUUGGCUGGUUUUUUAGGAAAAAUGAAAUUCCAAGGAAUCUAAGCUUUGCUAUUAUAUAUGAUCAUAGGGAUCACCCUUGUUAUAUUCUCUUCCUAACGAAGGUAUACUUUUCUAUUAGGAUCUU